UCGAGGUUUUGAUUAGACGAUUACAGCGGUGUGUGCAGAGCACAUCACGAAUAGUUCAUUCGUUCCGUGGACGUCCAGUAGUUCGGUCUCCUCUCGCAGGAUCCCACGCGGCCAAGUAUCACCGGCCGUCAUCGCCGCAUUGCGCAGAAAUGGGCGGCACGUACUCAACCGGAGGUGUGUUCGUGGUUAAAGAGAAGGAGAAGGGAUCGAACAAGCGACAUCGCCAUAAGGAUAAUACCAAAAAACCGAGCUACGACGAUCGGUUUGAACAAAUACACAGUGAUCCGGAAGGGGUAUCGACUAGAACCGACGAUGAAGAUGAACAGUUCUUUCAUCGGUUCUGUUGGGAUCAGAAUCGAAAGUAUGACCGAGAAUUAAUACCGAGGGUCAGACUAAAGGCACCUUAUAGAACACCACCUCUGCUAACUAUAAGUCGUAUGCUGAAAGAACUGGAAAACGAAACUAAGAAGAAAAAUAUGGAAGCAAUUUCAAGAUCUAGGGCUAGAUCCACACCGGCUUCACGACCAAAACUUAGACAAUUCAUACCAAAUGAAAAUUCUCCGACAACAAAACGCUUCAAUCGUGUUGGUCAAGGCAACCGAUGUACAAGCCGUUAUGAAAUAUAUAAUUCAACGACGAAACCAUUUGGAAAAAGUUACCGGGAGAUGGUUACGUCAUCUGACAAAAAAACGAAUCAGGAAUUAACGGAUACCAGCGAAAGCAGCACAGAGUCAAAUCUAAGUGCUUAUAAUACUUGUUGUUCGGAAGUUGAAACAUUGCAAAUAACUGGCUUUCAAUGUGUAGAUGAAAAUGCUACUAAACAUGAAGUUACCCUACAGACUACGGUAAGCGAAGAUAUAACAGAAGCCAGGAAUUACAACGUGAACAUUAAUGAUCAUGCUAGGGUGAUUGAAGAAAAAUUCAAAUCAACGGAAAUGGUAAAAAGAAUAGACGAAAAACGUCUUAUGUACAAUAUGCCAACAACUUCUACUUGGAAAACAUAUCAGGAAGAACAGCUAACAUAUGAGCCAGAAAAUCAACAAGUCCACAAAGAAGUUGUAACCAGAUCCAGAAGCUUGUUCAGUUUACAAGAUGAACCGGCUGAGAUAACAUCAAAUAAAGCACAAAAAUUAGUAAAAGCCACUUCAGAAAACCAUUUAUUUGAAAAUAACAUAGAACAAAAACCAAGGGUCGUCCAAACAACACCUACGAAAAAAUAUAGCAGUGCUAUAAAUCUAACCCUAGGUACCAAUAAAUCAAACAAUAAUAUUAAAUAUAAAUCCCAAUCUGAUUUGUGUGCAAGCGUUGAAGAACCAAAAACACUCGAAAGACCUAAAUCGAUGGAUUUCCUUGUCCCUAAAGAAAAUAAAUCACACGCAGAAACAUUAAAAAAACAUUUUUAUUACAAUCCUCUUAAACAAAAGAAAAAAUUGAACGACAACGAGCUGCCGGACCCAGACAAAGUCUUGAGUACCAGACAAUUAUUCCAAAAAGAACUAAAAAUUCCAUUGCCACCAAGUAUGAACAACCAAAAUCCAAAAACAGGACCAAGACCAACACAAGAAAUACGAGUGAUACCCGAAACGUACAAGCCGAAACUGAAGAAAUGCGUGUCCGUCGAUAUGGGAACAAACAUACAUAACAGGUGGACGGAUAGUGGUAGUAUAUCGUCUGGUGUCGGCAGCGAAGCGAGCUUCGACACAGAAUCAUCUGGGACAAAUCAUAGGGCCGACGGGUACAGUAGCGACGACGAAGAUUACUUAACGGACAAAACGACUGUUGAAAUCGUCGGUAGACCGGUAUCAGCGGAAAUAUUGAACAAGAUAAGGAAAUUCGGCACAAGCGUCACUUAUUACGGCGGUAAAGUGAUAUCGAGCAGCAGGGGAGUGGUGUGUAGUCCCAUGACUAUGACUAUUAUGGACGAAAUCAGACAUCAAAAAGAAGAAAACGUCAAACUUCGGUUGGUGAAAAGCAAUAGCUGCGGCAGCAGGAUUGAACUGAUGGAGGAACCGAAAAGAUGUGAUAAACAAGUGGACGCUAUACAAGAAGAAGAUGAGGACGAGGAACGUCGAGACGCGUCAAGUCCAAGAACAGUAGAUGAUAAUUCGUCGAAGGUUUCUAAUGCGUCUUCCGACGAAAUGUCGUGGAAAGCUUUAAUAGUCAUCAGAAAAAAGAUGAGCAAUGCGCCAAUAUUUGAUAUGGAAUUUGAAGAAUUCGAAGUACUAGAAGAAAAACAUAAUUAAAUAUUCGUCUUAUUAAAUAUGUUUUAACUAAUUUAAAUAAAAUAGGGACGAUAAAUGUUUUUAAUACUUUUUACUUCUAUUGAUAUUUGUAUAAGUGAAAGUAAAAUAAAUGUUUGUUGCCAGUAUUAAUUAAGUAUGGUUUUACUGAACACAUAAUAGAAACAUAAUAUAAAAUGUUUAAAUUUUUAUAAUCACUGCGUAUGUCUGAAUUUAAAAUAAU